ACAGUCCUGGCGGGGUGCAGCGGGUGGUGCUGGAAGGGCCUCCUCGGCUGGUUGGUGGCCAGCUGGAAGAGCCUGGGGCCACCUGUCUGGUCAGAGCCUCUCUGCUGUGGGCUUCUUGGAGCCAGGGCUGGUUUUGUGGUCUGACUAAAGUGACAAUGAAAUUAAUAGGAUCCUGAUGCUGUAACUGAGGCCAUUUCCCUGUGUCUCCAAACAGGAAUGAGAGAGGAAAUGUCAUUAGGACGCCAGGAGGCCUUUGAAAUCUUCAAGAGGGACCACGCUGACAGCGUUACCAUCGAUGACAACAAGCAGAUUCUGAAACAGAGAUUUUCUGAAGCCAAGGCCCUGGGAGAAAGUAUAAAUGAAGCAAGAAGUAAAAUUGGUCACCUGAAGGAAGAAAUUGCCCAGCGGCAUAUACAGCAGGUAGCUCUAGGAAUCUCGGAAAACAUGGCCGUGCCUCCCACGCCAGACCAGCAGGAGGAGAAGCUGCGAUCACAACUGGAGGAAGAAAAGAGAAGGUAUAAAACAAUGUUCACUCGCCUGAAAGCCCUGAAGGUGGAGAUCGAGCACUUGCAGCUGCUCAUGGACAAAGCCAAGGUGAAGCUACAGAAAGAGUUUGAAGUCUGGUGGGCAGAGGAGGCCACCAACCUGCAGGUAACUUCUCCAGCAGUGAAUUCAUUCAAUCACAAGAAGCCGUUUCUCCAGACAUCUGACACCCAGCGUGAACUGUCCCAACUCCUCUCUAACAAAAGUGAUGUGAAUGCCAGAAAAAUCCUGCCCUCGCCUUGCCGUAGUCCACACAGCCAGAAACAGAGCAGCACCAGCAACCCCCUGGAAGACAGCAUCCCUGAGAGGCCAGUGUCGUCCAUCCCUCUCACCGGAGACAGCCAGACAGACUCGGACAUCCUGGCCUUCAUCAAGGCCAGACAGAGCAUUCUGCAGAAGAAAUAUCUUCAGCUCCUUUGUUCUCUGUCCCCAAAGCCAGCUGUCUCCUCUGCUCAGCCUUCUACAAACAGGGAGGGGCUGAGUGAUGGUUGGGUAACUUGCUGAACCCGUGGCUUAAAGUCUCACUUCCCUGUUAGAGUGUGUUCUUGCCCAAGAGCUGUGAGUGUAAACACCACUUGAAGGCCCAGACCUGAAGACGCCAUAAUAAUCACAGAGGAGGUAUGUGCGGUGUGUCAGACAGUAGGAAGAGAAGAAGACCCUUCCCGGCCUCGUCACUGCCCCCACCCCGGCCCAUCCUCUUGGCAGCUGCCCGUCUCCCGCCUGCUGUGGAUGGGCCUUUUCUCUUUCUGCCUUCCAUCCCUACACACCACAGGACAAGCCCCAGGGCCCCUUACGCAGGCAGGCCUGUGUUGUGUCUUAGCCUCCUCCCGAUAGCCCAAAGGCUAUUAGGCAGGCUUAACGUUGCCUCCACAUUGCCAGAAAGGCGCCCCUCCAUGGCGGUAUGGUCCAGCACAUUGGAUGUCUGUAUAAUGACUGAUGCCUGCCCUCUGGGGCCUGCACUCAGCUUCUCCACCAACUGUGUGCUGUUUGGGCAGGAAGAGGCUUAUGCAUGGAUGGAGUACUGCCACUGAGAGCCGUCCUUGGUCCUGCUGUCCUCGCUUCACUAGGCCGCCAGCCUCUCACUGUCCUCUCUCCCCCACCAGGACUAAAAACUGUCAGGUCCUUUCUUAGGCUGGCGACAGCCCCGCUCUGCUGUGAUAACUUAACUCUCUCUCAUCUCAGUUUCCUUGUCUAAACAAGAAAACUGGAUUCGGUGAUCUCCAGAGCCCCAUCCACACCCCAAAUACUCUGAUGAAAUGUAUCAGGCACUGAACAGAAAUGAACAGCUGAUCAGUAAGCAAACACUGUAUGCAUUGGGUGCCUUCUUAGGCCAGGCACGACUACCGGUGCUUGGGCUGCAGCAGAGAGCAAGGCGUAGCCCAGCACGUGAGAAACUGACAUUCUGGGGAGAGGAAGGAGACAGACAAUGAACACAUCAACGAGUAAGGUCAUGUGAGGAACUAAUCAGUGCUAUGAAACAGCUAAACUAUGUAAUGUAGACAGUAACUGGGAACACUGCUUUUAGCUGGGUAGGUGGGGGACGCCUCUCUGGAGAAGAGAACUUUAAACUGGCAGCUGCAUCAUGAGAACAGAGCAGCCAUGCCACGUUCUGGGAAUGCACAGUGCUAGCAGACAGAGCAGAAAGCAAAAAGCCUGAAGGGGAAGGAGCUUUGUUUGGCCACGGGGUGGGAAGGAGGCCAGAGCGGCUGGAGGGCAGGAAGCAAGAGCACAAAGGCCAGGUCACGCCAGCCUUAUGCAUAAGGAAACGAGAUUUGGAUUUUAUUCUGGGUACGGUGAAAAUGCACUGAAGAAUUUUAACCAUGGAGUGGUACGAUGUAAUUGGUGCUUUAAAAAGCUCACUUUGUCUGUCAUAUGUAGUGUAGAGUGCCAAGGCCAAGAGCAGACCAGUUACCAGGCUGCCAUGAAAGUGCCAGCAAGGGGUGAGAGUGGCCUGGACUCACCAGCAGACUGAAUGUGAGACUCAAGAGGAAGAGGAGAGUCGGCGCGCCCAGGCUUUUGAUCUGAGCAGCUAAGAGAAUGGCAGCGCCAUUUACUGAAAUGAGAAAGGCAGGGCGGCCUGGCUGUCAGAGGCAAGGAGCUGGAGGGUUGGAGAGUUCUGGCUGCCCCAUUUGAAGUUUCAGAUGACAUCUGACAUCCAAGAGGAGGUGUUGAGUGGACAGCUGAGCGUGAGUGGAACUCAGAAAGUCUGAGCUAGAAAAAGAAAUAUGCAAAUCGUCACGUCUGGAUGGUGUCUGGAGCCACAGGACGGAGUGCAGAGUCCUCUGAAGAGCAGAGAUGGGGGUGUUCCAGUUGCUGAGAACAGCCCCCUGGGGCUCUCCAACCGUUUCAGACAGAGAGAGGAAUCUGAGAUGCUAAGAAGGCACUGCGAGGGCGCGAGAAGGACCAGCAGAUGAGUGGGUAUGGCCUCAGGCACAAGCUGGAGAAGUGCAAGCUCCAAGGAGACACAGGCCAGUAGAGUCCAGUGCUGCUGAGAGGCUGUGUGGCAGGAUGGAAUGCUGACCACUGGCCACUUUGCAUGUCAGGGUGGCCUUGGACAAGCGCCAUUUGGGCAGGGGACGGAGUGGCCAGGAAGAGGAUGGAAGGGAAAGAAGCUGAGGCAGUGAGCAGGCGCAGCUCCUCCAAGGGGUUGAGCUGUGACAGGAGCAGAGAACUGGGGCUGGAGCUAAGGGAAACAGGAGCCCAAGGGAUGCCUUGUGUGUUCUACAGGGGUCCUGUUAAGACAUGCUCACGUGCUGAAACAUACAAAGAGAGGGAAAUUGAUGCUGCGGUGGGAGAGGGGGGCAGAGCUGCAGGAAAAACUUCCUUGAGAAGGUAGGGGGGACGGUGCCGGGGCAUAAGUGGAGGAGGGCUUAGAUACGCAGGAUAUCCUUUGGAGCUAGGCUGUCCCUUUCCCCGUAACAAAUCCAUAGAAACCAACCAUCAUUCCUCCCCUCAAAAACCUGCAAGCAAGCAAUAUCUUUAUGUUCAGUUCACUAAGCUUUUCUGCAUAUAAGAGAGCUGCGAUCAUCCAACUCUCUCCGAACAGAAGAGGCAGAAGUCCAGGUCCCUGUCAGAGUGGCGUUCUCCUGCUAACACCGUCCCAGGCAGUGCGGAGAGCUGGAUUGAAGGGCACUUGUUUAUUUUAAUAAAAG